GAAAAAAAGUUACUAGAAAAUUCAAGGCCAGCAUCAACAAGCUGCACCCACUUCUUUCUUCCUCGCCGCGUCGCUUUUUCUUUCUUAUUCUCCCCACUCGCGCUACUUUAUCCUCUUCUUUUCUUUUUUCUUCUUCUUUUACUUCUGCUCUUCUACUUCGACCGUGUUCUUUUAUAAACUUCAUCUUUAAUCUUUGAGCAACCCUUUCUCCGCUCCCCUGGCCCUGGUUCGCCUUCUCCGGCCCUUGUUUCCUUCUUUACCGCGCGGCAUCUGCAAUUCUGGCGUCAACUGCAGCCCGCUUCCGAUUUGACUUUCAUCGCGUCAAAGACUCAAGAGACCCUAUACUUCCGAGCAUCUUGACCAUCUAGAUUUACAGGCCCUAUUGCUCGCUGUAGCUCAGGUCCUUCUGACCAACAGGCAACAUGGUGUACAUUCGCCAGCAUCAACUACCCAAGCUGCGGGAAUACCGUUAUGCAGGAGUCGAUCUUUCGCUUGUUAGCCGCUAUGUCCUCAAGCCGUUCUAUAAUAACUUUGUGAUCAAGUUCUUCCCUAUGAGCAUGGCUCCUAAUGCCAUUACCCUGACUGGGUUUUUCUUUGUGGUAGUCAACUUCAUCACCAUUCUCUGGUACAACCCGACCCUAGACCAGGACUGCCCGCCCUGGGUCUAUGCCAGUUGCGCCAUCGGGUUGUUCCUUUACCAGACGUUUGACGGCGUAGACGGCAUCCAAGCGCGGAGAACCAAGCAGAGCGGUCCUCUGGGUGAGCUGUUUGAUCACAGUGUCGAUGCAUGCAACACGGCCUUGGGAGUUUUGAUCUUCGCGGCGGCUAUGAACCUCGGCCAAUCUUGGGCAACUGUGUUGACCCUUUUCGGAUCGACUAUGACCUUUUAUGUCCAGACCUGGGAUGAAUACUACACCCAGGUGUUGACUCUGGGAAUCAUCUCGGGCCCCGUCGAAGGUGUCCUCACUCUCUGCGUUGUGUUUGGCUUCACGGCCUACAUGGGCGGUGGCAGCUUCUGGCAUCGCUCCAUGCUGGAGACCGUUGGAGUUCCCAAGUUGGCCUUCAUCCCUGAGCACAUCUACGACAUGGCCUUUACGCAGUGGUAUCUCGUCUACGGCGGAGUCCUCCUGUUCUUCGCCACCGCCUCUAGCAUCGUGCAUGUCAUGCAGGUGCGCCGCGAGCGUGGUCAGGAUCCGAUCAAGCCCCUAUAUGGCCUACUCCCCCUGGUCGCGGUGUGGACUCUUGUGCCGGCUUAUCUUUACCUGCAACCCACCAUCCUGGAGAACUACAUGGUCCCGUUCUGCCUGUACGUCGGCAUGAUCAAUGCGUACGCCGUGGGCAAGAUGAUCUGCGCGCACCUGGUCAAGGCCAGCUUCCCUUACUUCAACAUGCUCCUGAUCCCUCUUGCUUUGGCAGUGCUCGACAGCGCUGGUGCGGUCUUUGGUUACUGGCCGAGUCUGCUGGGUGACGGAGUGAGGCAGAUCGCUUUCGUUUGGGUGUGCCUGGGUCUGUCGAUCGGCGUUUACGGCAGCUUCGUGCACGACAUCAUCACGACGAUAUGCGACUAUAUUGACAUUUGGUGCUUGACGAUCAAGCACCCUCACGUGGAAGUGGUGAACGCCAAUGGAGAGGCGAAGAAGUCGAACUAAUGAGGAUGCGAAUGAUGGCGGUGAGGGUACAAAAGAAUGGAGUCCAUGUGGAGAACGUCGAAUCGCAUAAGACGGUAGACGGUAGAUUAAUUGGACGGCGCAGCCGUUCGUGCAUCCUGGCCUUGCGCUAUCAGGAGCAUUGAAUUCGAGUCGCAAGUCGUCCGGUGUCUGAAUGGCAGGCACAUGUCACCGGACCGGAAACGUAUGUCAUGGCCGUAUCUAAGCAGCGUAUUGGAUUAGCGAUAGAAAUGUAUUUGUAUGAGAUCAGCAGUUGCCGAGUGGCGACAAUGCGUCAACCACCGUAA